UGGGACUGCCAACGGAGGCGUGAGCUACCCGAUGUGCCAGGUGGAUGACUGCCAAGCGGAUCUGACCAGCGCCCACCGGUGGAGCUCGCCGAGCGUCGGUGGACCGCCCCGGUGGAGGGAGAGCGCCAAGCACCGGUGGAGGAGAGCGACGUCGCCGUCGGUUUUGGUGGAGGGGACAGAGGAUAGAGAAGAGAGCGCCGUCGGGUUUGAGAUGCCGGCGCUUUUUGUUCGAGGGGCAAAAGUAGAGCAUACAAAAAUAAACACCCUAGAACUUCAAAGGUUGUUGAUGGUAGAAGGCAACAUUCAGUUUUGGGAAGAUUUCUUGGGAGUUUUUUCUCGGAUACUCAUGGGUCCUUGAACCUGUUGAUGAAUUAUGGAAAAUAUAAUGAGUUGUUACAUAUAUUUUCACUUAUGGAUUGAUUUGUAUUUGUAUCUUUUUUUCACAAAUGGAACUUUAUGUAA